GGAUUUAUUCAAGUACUGUUGCUUGGCAUGCCAUGCACGUCUGAUUCUCCCUGACGGGGCUCCUGUGCUUUCAAUAGCUGCCUUACAGGCAGACAUUCAACUGGUGAAGCUUAGGAACACAGGAAGCUGCCCUUUACACUGAGUCAGGCUGUUUGUCCAUCUAGCUCAGUGUCGACUACACUGACUGGCAGCAGCUCUCUGGGGUUUCGGAUUGGGGACAUGGUUUGUUCAUUUUGGGAGUCAAAAGCACAGGCGUCAGUAGAAAAGAUGGCUGCCCAAGGGAAUAAAAAACGAAGUGUCUAGGCCAUGGUCCCAACUGACUCAGAUGUUCCAGGAUUUUAUGAGGCAGUUCAAUAAAACCUACCUGAGCCAAGAAGAGAUGCAAUAUCGGUUCAAGGUCUUUGUGCAGAACUUAGAAGUCAGCCGGCGGCUGCAGGCUGAGGAGUUAGGGACGGCGCAGUACGGGGUCACCCGCUUCAGUGACUUGACAGAAAGUGAGUUUGCGAUGAUGUUUGGCAUCCCUCAACCCUCCCAGCUCGGCCUGCCCCCCAGCUUGAGGGACUCGGAUAACUCCCGCCUGGGGAAAUUAACCAAAUCCUGCGACUGGAGGAAAGCUGGCGUCAUCCCAGCCGUAAAAGACCAAGGCAAAAAGUGCAGGUCUUGCUGGGCUUUUGCUGCUGUGUCCAACAUUGAGGCCUUAUGGAACAUCCACAGACAUGUGCCAAGGAACCUUUCGGUCCAGGAGGUACUAGAUUGCACAUACAACAAGAUCGGUUGCCUGGGAGGCUAUGUGUGGGAUGGACUCCGGACUGUCUUCAACAGCAGCGGACUGUCAAACAGCCUUCUGUACCCCUACACCGGCAGAAAUCAGACAUGCCAGAAGCACCAGAAACGAACAGUUACCCAAAUCGACGGCUAUGAAUUACUCCCCAGGGAUGAGAAUUAUAUCGCUAGAAUCGUUGCUUCCCAGGGGCCUGUAACUGCCCUCCUUAACCAGGCUCGCCUUCAGAAUUAUCAGAAGGGCAUCAUCCGAUCCCCUUCCCAGUCCUGCAACCCGAAGCUACUAGAUCAUGCUGCGCUCAUUGUGGGCUACGAUGAAGUCAAAUCUCGACGUGGAUCCUGGGUUGGACCAUAUUGGAUCAUCCAGAAUUCGUGGGGAGAGCGCUGGGGAGAAAAGGGCUACUUCCGGCUGCACCGUGGCACCAAUACUUGCGGCAUUGCCAUGUUCGUGGCAACGGCGCUUGUCCGGGAUUCCGAGGGAAAGAAGCCUGUGGUUUGCCGUCCUUGAUGGCACAACUGCGUUCAUGAUCUGGAGUCCAACAUCAUCUGGAAGCGACUGCAUGGGCUGACUCCUACAGUGCAUCACCUCUUUUUGGCUCGAAUCAGGCCUGCCAUUGUUGUUUCUCCCUUGCACAGCUUCUAAUGCCACAAGCUGUCAUACCCCAGCCAUAUUUUUCUACAGCAUUAUGUCAAUGAACGGUGCAGACCCCCAAUUUUGUUGUUGUGGACUGCAUGCCAGCAAUGGGGCAGAGUUGAAGCCAGCAGUGGGGGACCUAUAUUUCUGGUGGCCCUUGUUGCGCAACCAGCAACGAGGUCUAGGUAACCACUGUUUUCUUCUUCUUCUAAUUUUUUAUUAGUUUUACAUAAAAGUUUUACACCAUAAACAUAACAUUUUCACACAUUAAAAAAGGGGUUCUUUCAAACCUUGAGACCUCCAUCCUUCCCUUCAUGGGUUCCAAUUCUAUUCCUGCAUCUCCUACUGUAAUCCAUCUUUUAUAUAAU